CGGUCCAAGAGAGGCUGCUGGACGUGUCGCAUCCGGCACCGCAAAUGCGACGAGGGCCACCCCUUCUGCAAGGAGUGCGACAACCGCAACAUCCACUGCCACGGCUACGGCCCUCGGCCCUCAUGGCUGGACAACGAGGAGCAGGUCCGCGCCGAGCUGUCGCUGGUCAAGAGAGCCGUCAAGCACAACGCCAGGCAGCUGAGCAAGGGUGCCAACAGCAGGACGGGCCCUCAACAGCGGAACAUUUCAUCUAAACCGCAGCAGGACGCGGUCGCUGUAGCUGGCCCCGAGCAGGCCCUGUGGGCCUCGUGCCCGAGUCAGGAAAUGCGGUACCGCGAGGCCGAGCUCAUAAUGCUCUACUUGGACUACAUCUUCCCCAUCCAGUAUCCCUACUACACUGACAACCCCGAGCUGGGCGGCCGCGGCUGGCUCUUCUGGCUGCUGCUCAACAACCGCCCGCUGCGGCAGGCCUCGAUGACGCUGGCCGCCCUCUACCAGCGGACCAAGUUUGCGCGAGGCACCGAGUACAUGGAGGCCGAGCUGAUAGAAUACCACACCACGGCCCUGAGUGCCAUGCGCCAUGCCCUUUCGGCCAACGAAGGCAACCUUGCCCUGGACGAGGGCGGACGGCUCAUCACCUUUAUAUCCAGCGGCUGUUGUCUCAUUAGCUUUGAGAUUUUACAAGGAGGCUCACUGAGCUGGCAGACACAUCUUGAUGCCCUUACCACAGUUGUAAGCAAGCUGGGGCCAAUGUUCAUCGGCUUGGAUCCCACGCCUCGAGAGCAGAGCGGCUCCCCAACUGAGCAGACGACGCCGCCCCAUGGCACCACCCUGUCGCCUAUAUGGCGUGGCAUGAUGUAUGCAAAGCGCUUCGAGUUUACGAAACUCCUCUGGUUUGAGAUUCUCUCUACAGCAUCCACGGGAGUGCCACCACGCCUUCCAUACCGGCAGUGGCUGGAUUCAGAGGAGAUUCUGAUGGCAGACUUUGUCGGCUGUGAGAAUUGGGUGAUGCGAGUCAUUGGGGACUUGUCGAUGAUCCAGGUGGGAGGCGAGUGCAACACUCCAGGAGAAAGGCGCGAGUCGCUGCUACGGCUUGAAAAGCCACCUGUCUCACACUACAUCUCGCGAGUGUUUGCUACCGGAGCCCUAGUUCUGCUCUACGUUAUCCUGUCCAGCACUCGUCCUUCUGAAGCCAGCAUCUACGCCGCCGUUGCAUCCGUCAUAAGCGAGCUCCAGCAGGCGCCUAGUGAUGUUUCGCUUCGUGGAGUCGUUUGGUCGAUCUGCAUAGCG